AUGAGGUUCACGAGCGAGGAGGCGUUCUCCUUCCGCUUGAGGCAGCGCUGCCCCGCCUGCCUGUUCGUGCUCGACACACAGGACCUGCACUUCCUUAGGGUGGGUGCCAAGGGGCAGGCGGGGCGGCAGCAGGUGGUAUCUGAGGGGGGUUCCAUCAGGGACGCGCUACACCACGUACCCUUUACAGGCAGCAGGGAGCUGCUGCACGAGCUCGCAUCCAUGCACCGCUGCGACCUCACGCUGCGUUCUUUUUACCCACACAUGCUCCCUGCUCACUGUUCCUCACCCACCUUCCCAACCCCCCCUUUCUCCCGCCCUCCCUCCCUCCCCCUCUCUGCUCUCCCUCGCCCCCAUCAGAUGUGUUCACAGGCGGAGCUCGCUCUCCUCACGCGCUGCUACGCCUUCCCCCCCCACAAGCUUGCCCUCGCCUCCUUCUUCUAUGAUGCUUCCCAGGCAGAGAGAGGUGAGGCAGAGAGAGGUGAGGCAGAGAGAGGUGAGGCAGAGAGAGGUGAGGCAGAGAGAGGUGAGGUAGAGAGAGGUGAGGCAGAGAGAGGUGAGGCAGAGAAAGGUGAGGCAGUGGGAGGUGGGGCCGUGGGAGGUGAGGCAGUGGGAGGUGAGGCAGUGGGAGGUGAGGCAGUGGGAGGUGGGGCAGUGGGAGGUGGGGCACUACCAAUGGCAGAGUGCCACGUGUACGGAUCCUACGUCACAGCAACCAUCUCGUCCCUGCACGACCCCUCAUCUGGCUUCAUCAUUCGUGGCCACGCCCCCUCCCUUGACAUGCUCGCCUCCUACCGUGUGCUGCUGGCACCGCUGCGCUACGGGGCGGGCAUCAAGGGCAAAUUCCUCGACAGCUGGCGCCACGGCACUCCCGUCCUGUGGGGGCCGGGGGAUGCAGAGGCGUUUGCAGCAGAUGCAGUGCGGCUGUACAGCGAUCCUCACCUGUGGGCCUCGUGCCAAUCCACGGUGCACCACCUGCCCUCUCUGCCUUCCGUGCCCACCCCUCCUGCUGCACUGCCUGCAUUGCACUGCCUCCCUUGCACUGCCUCCCUUGCACUGCCUCCCUUGCACUGCCUCCCUUGCACUGCCUCCCUGCAUCCCUUGCACUGCGUGCCUUGCAUUCCCUCUUCCUGCACUCACCACUCUCUCCCCUGA